AACUGAACGAUAAGCGUUUUAACAAUAGCGUGUUUAUCUCUUCCUCUUGGUUGAAAGAAUAAUACAAAUAAUACGAUGAAUGGGUCGCAUACAGAUUCGUGAGUGAAUUCCAGACGAAAACUGUAAACGAGACAAAGAGAAUACCGGUCUUCUUAUCGUCUUUUCGAACAUCAUUUUCCUGUAUAUAUUGUUGGCCAAGUUACAUGUACUGCUUCAUCUUUCUGGAACUGUAACCAAAGAUUUAAUUAAAUCGUGCACGUGCUUCGAGUUAGAGCUACAUUUUAUUUACUUCAUGUGUGAUUCAACUUCCAUUUUCCAUUAUUAGUUUCGCGAUCUUAUUCUGAAAAUACGUACUUGAAACUCUCGAUAUCGUGUGUGUUGUGGUUGUGCAAAGUGUCUUAGGAACCUUCGACUCGUUCAAUCAAUCAUGGGAGACUCCAGAACAAGUGUCUUUGUUUCCAAUCUCGGUCCGAAUACUUCAGAUGCUGAAUUCGUGUCGUAUUUUCGAAGAAAUUGUGCCGGCGUAGCAUACGGACCUGAUGCUGGACAAAUAAGUCGUGAUGGUGUUGGCCGUUCUAAAGGAUUUGGCUUCAUCAAUUUCAUCGAUUCUUUGAGUGCCAAUGUCGUAGUAUCUAAAAAAAAUCACGUGAUUAAUGGCAGAAGAGUUUAUUGCAAAUUAGCUCGAAGUUAUUCGAACGGUCCGUUACAUCGUAGAAAAUUACACGUUGGUAAUUUGAACAUUGGUACCACGGAAGAUCAUCUGAAGGAUUAUUUCUCCAAGUUUGGCCAAGUCAUUAACGUGUAUAUCCAACUCGAUGAAAUUGACAGAUCUUGUAGCUACGCUUUCGUGGAAUUUGCCAGCUUAUCAGUAUUGGAUAAGAUACAGGCAGAAAGGCCUCAUCAUGUCAAUAAUAAAGAUGUUCUGACCAGUAGAACGUAUCCGAAAGACGUUCCCAAACAUCUGAAAAGAAACAGCACCAUUCUGUUCGUUUCAAAUGAUAAUAACCACGUUACCAAGGAGGAUAUCGAGUCGUAUUUCAGCAGUUAUAAAAUCCUGUCGGUAUUAGAAAGUGCUGAAUACGUAGAAAUACACUUCGCCGAUUACGACGAUGUCGACAAGAUAUGUUUGCGAGGUGAAACUCAUUAUGUGAAAAACAGCCCCGUUAUCGUUACAAAAAGCCUCGAAGAUCUUGAAGGAAAAUUGAGAGGUGACUCCGACGCUGAGAAAAAUGCUAAACCAAGUGCUCCGAGUCUAGCUUCGUUGUCGCCAUCUCGAGGUACAUCGUUUGAGAUGUCAGCAAUGAAUCCUCAGCAUAAGCUGUACGACAGGAGAUCACCUUCUCCUUAUCGAAAGCGAUACAAAUCCAGUGAGAAGAAUGACUGUUGUGUUAUUUUGUGAUUCCGCGAGUAUCUUGCUAUUACUCGUCUACUUUAUAGUUUCUUAUUUUUAUAGCAUUGAUUUUUUGAGUUAAAAAUCUACAGUGUUGAGUUUUACGUUUUUUUAUUAUAUUAUUUCUUAGUGUAAUGUCUAAUUCGUUUUAAAAAUAGUUCUCAAAAUUUUGUUUAAAUUUCUCACAAAUCUGUGUGAUUUCUUUAGUGUUAUUUUCUCCCUUGAUUCGUUAUUAUUGAUGAGAUAUAUUUUAUUGUUACUUAUUGUAUGCUGGAUGCUGGAUGCUGAUGCAGCUAAUACUGUUUGAUACACAUCUUCCUGUUCUGUUUUAUACUUUGGUUCGAUCAAUUAUACCGAUUUAUUAGAGAAA